UUUAUUCGUUUUUAUAGAAGCUUACCUGAACAUCCAGCCUUCCAAGAUGGAGAAGGAAUCGAUGCGUUGCGGCGAAUUCUGACUGCGUACUCCUUCCGAAAUCCCAACAUAGGAUAUUGCCAAGCGAUGAACAUAGUAAGCUCUGUAUUGUUAUUGUAUGUGAAGGAAGAGGAAGCGUUCUGGCUUUUGGUAGCGAUCUGUGAACGUCUGUUGCCAGAUUAUUACAAUAAUAAAGUUGUUGGAGCGUUGGUUGAUCAAGGAGUCUUUACUGAGCUUGUGGAACGCUCUCUACCAAAUAUUGGUGCAAAGCUUUCCGAACUUGGAUUGGGCGAUAUGGUAGCAUUGUCAUGGUUCUUGACAAUUUUCCUCAGUGCGAUAAAGUUUGAUGCUGCAGUAAGGAUACUGGAUCUGUUUUUCUUCGAAGGAGCAAGGCUAAUGUUCCAAGUGGCAAUGGAAAUGCUACGCGAAAAUGAAGCCAUGAUUUGUAACUCGAAAGAUGAUGGAGAGACGCUUAUGGCUUUAUCAUCCUAUGCAGAUUGUAUACAUGAGCAUGCAUCAGAAGAUGGCGGAAAGGUAGUUUGUUUAUCAACUUACUUUACCAGAUCUGUGGGUGCCCUCUUGACAGCCUCAUAUCGCGAUUUUGGUUAUGCUUUCACCAACGAGCAAAUCGAGAGACUCCGGUUGAAGCAUCGUUUGAAAGUUGUACAGCUUGAUAUCUCGUUACCUUCUUUUUCUGAGUAUUCUAUACCAUUUCUGAGUACUGUGCAGCUGUGA